UCCGGGUUUCGUUUGGGAGAUUUUCCCGAAGUGCGUCGUGUACUCGGAGCAAAAAGAAAUAUCGGUAAUUUCUCUGAUAGGCGAAUUCCCUGACAGCAGGUUGAGGUUGGUGUUGCGAACAGUGUCACCUGAAGAGUUCCCUCAGGGCUCAUUUCCCCCGUACUCAAAGGAAGAAAAUGAAACUUGAUGGCUGCUUGAGCUUGGUGUGGUGUGUGGAACAGAGGAAUACUGGCCCUGAUGAUAUUGUGGCUGUUGAUACUCCCCCAGAGGAGUCAGAGUGAGAUUUAUUGAACUUAUGUUCCUGGUCCUCUGGUAUUACAUCCUGCAAUCUGGGAAUGGAAGGUGAUUAUAGUGACAGUUAAUGAUUCCUGGCUUCUUGAUAGACCUGCUGCACAAAUUUCCCAGAUAUCUGGCCUGGAGAGAUGGCUCAGCGGUUAAGAGGACCCUGGUUCAGUGUCCAUUGCCCAUGUCAGGUGGCUCACAGCUGCCUGUAACUACAGCAUUAGGGGAUCAGGUGCCCUCUUCUGGGUUCCACAGGAGAAAUUUUUUUAUCACCAACAGGAUAAAUUUUUCAGUACCACAUUAAACAUUCAUCCUAAAAUACCUAUAUCAGAAGUAGCUAAUAAAAUAUCAUCAAUAUAAUGAUAAAGAAUAGAUUAAGGGACCGUUUCUAGACGCACCGGCGAGUGCUGCGCAGAUGGUGGCGCGCCUCUGCUCUAAGGUGGUGAGAGAAGGCCCGACACCGGACGGCCCUCUCUCCUAGCUUUCUCUACGGCGGGUCGACCCCGAACAGCGGCGGAGAUUCUGAGCUUCUCGCUUCAGCAGCCGGUUAGUGGGAGUAGCGGCCUCCGAAGGCUCGGCCAUAGAACCACGGAGAGGACAACUGCGUGUCAUCCCGCUGGAGAUGAGCAGCUCUCAAAAAAGGCACAAACAACAGAAGAAUGGAUACAGUUUCAUAUGUUAAAAGAAUGUUAAAAGGAAAAUAAGGGUUCUUGUGCUGGACAGUGGUGGCGCACACCUUUAAUCCCAGCACUCAGGAGGCAGAGGCAGGCAGAUCUCUGAGUUCAAGACCAGCCUGGUCUACAAGAGAUAGACAAGAGUCCACCACAUUUGUAGAGGAUGUUGCACUCCUUCCAGAAAAGAUCAUGAAUGUAAUGUGAUCACCACCAUCUCAUUGUAUUUUAUUGGAAUGAAAAUAGUUUUGCCUACUUUGUCUGCUGAAGAGACUCAGUUGCUCUCCUCAAGACUGUGAAAACCAACAGGAAACAGUAUGUCAUGCAUGGCUCUGAGGAUUGACAGGGCACAGCAGAGCUCUGCUUCUAUCAGGCACCGUCCUUCAGCCUGGAAUGGAAUCUGGGAGUUUCAGCAUGAAUCCAUCUAGAUCUAGAUCAAGAGGUAGUGGAGAAGAAACCCCAUUUCAAGAAAAUGAGAGACGAUGGCAACAAGAGCGUCUCCACAGAGAAGAAGCCUAUUAUCAGUUUAUUAAUGAGCUCAGUGAUGAAGAUUAUCGGCUAAUGAGAGACCAUAACCUUUUAGGCACCCCUGGAGAAAUAACAUCGGAGGAGCUACAGCAGCGCUUAGAUAGAGCGAAGGAACAACUGGCAUCCCAGCCUGGCUCGAGGAGUGGGACAGGUGAUGGAGACUCAGAAAACCAUAGAGAAAAUUCAGAUGAAGAUUCUCUGCUACGAUGGUUGAACACUUUUCGGCGCACUGGAAAUAUGACUCGAACUGGACAGAAUGGGAACCAAAGUUGGACAGCUGUGGUGGACUGUUGGGAAGGAUUAGGUGUGAUCUCAUGGAAGUGGAUAUGGAUGGCCUUGUUGGAGAAGAUGUGGCAUUGGAGGUGGACUUUGAGGUUUCAAAAGUUCACACCAGGCCUCCCUGCCCCCACCCCCACCCCCUUGCCUGCUGCCUGUGGAUCAGGAUGUAGCACUCAGCUUCUUCUCCAGCACAUGUCUGCCUGCAUGCCACCAUGCUCCCUGAGAUAAUGACCUCAGCUUCUGAAACUUAAGAUCCCAGCCCUUUCAAGGCAGAGGCAGGUGAAUCUCUGAGUGAAAGGCCAGCCUGGUCUACAGAGAGAGUUCUCAGUAAUGGGUGCUUUCUUUACCCAUCUUUGGUUUUCUGCAUUCUACUUGUUGAUUGUGUAAAGACACCUCUUGGUGACCAGCAAGGCAGGCAAACUGCUUUCCUGUAGACACCCUCCCUGCACUACUGGAUCUCACCUGAAGUUACCAUGACUUGCUCUUCCACUAUAAUACAUAGACACCUUCAUGUGCCCCAUGCAGUGGUUUUAGACCCAACAACUCAGGAGGGAUGGAAGGCUCAAAACUAAAAUGGAGGAAUCCAGUGACGCUUCUGAUACCAGAUAAGACUGGGACACGAGAUUUUGUUGCCCAGUCCAUUGACCGGUCGGCCACUUUUAUGUCCACUGUUGUAGGACAGGGAGGAGUUCAAGAUGGAUUCCAAAAGGAAAAUAGGAUCUCUGCCCUGCAUAAACAUCAGGUAGAAAAAUUUCACCCCAUUGUCACUUUUUUCUAAAAUUUUAUAUGCUUUGAUGUUUUGCCUACAUGUAUGUCUGUGUGAGGGCAUCAGAUCCCAUGGAACUGGAGUUACAGGCAGUUGGGAGCUGCCACGUGGGUGCUGGGACUUGAUCCGAGUCCCCUGGAAGAGCAGUCAGUGCUCUUGACCACUGAGCCACCUCUCUAGCCCCCCAUUUUAGUUAUAUUUAAAAAUCUUGAAAAUUAAUAAGCUGUAAAUAAAAUUUCCAAGCAUUGUGAAAAAAAAAAAGAAUAGAUUAAGGAAAUUGUUUACAUGCUACUUCCAGUAGUUUAUUUACAAAAUAUUGACACAAAACUGGACUAUCUAACAAUUUUUAAGGAAGUACUUUUAUUGCUAUCUCUUUACAGGCUAGACAUUAUUAUAAAUAGGCACUAUAAAGGCAAAUUUUUCUCUAUCUGUUCUUGUAAAGGAAUAGUGAAGAAGCAAUCCUUUAAAUCAAUAACUUUAAUAGGCCAAUUGGAAUUUUAAGAUUUUUGAAAAUUUACAGACACAUGACUUUAGCAUCCAGUUAGCUUGAAAUUUCAAUGCCGUUUAUUUGUAAUUUUAGCUUUUGCCUCUUAUCAUUAAUAACAGUUUGCCAAAACAUCCUUUUUUCUUAACAAAGGAAUAUCAAAUGGCCAAAAGACACUUAAGGAAAUGUAAAAUCUGAUUUUUAAAAAGGGUUUUGUUUCUUUGGAGCUAGAGAGCUCACUUGGCAGUCAAGAACGUGGAUCUGUAGCAUCAAAGCUUGAUUCCUGGAGCCCAUAUUGGGUGGCCCACAGUCAGCUGUAACUCUAGAUACAGAAGAGAAGACUCUGUCCUCCACAGGCACCUGCACACACACACACUGAAAACCUAUUUUGAAAAAGAAAAGGUAAUGUGUAGAUUUACAUUGGUUUAAUGUGUUAAGUUCUGAUGUAAUAUAUUCAUGGAUGUGGUAGACUGAAUCAGCUCUCAAACUGCCUUCUAAUUAUAUGAAUCUAUAAUUCUAACUGAAAAUGUGAUCUCAUGAGAUACUCUUUAAUAUCUUUAAAUAUUUUCAGUAUAUGACCUAAUGUGAAAUAUUCUUUUUUUAAAGUUUUUUAUUGAUACUUCUCUGCUCCCCUUCCCUGUCUCUCUCCUCCCCCCUUCAACCCUCCCCCAAGGUCCCCAUGCUCCCAAUUUACUCAGGAGAUCUUGUCUUUUUAUACUUUCUACUUCCCAUGUAGAGUAUAUCUAUGUAAGUCUCUCUUAGUGUCCUCAUUGUUGUCUAAGUUCUCUGGGAUUGUGGUUUGUAGACUGGCUUUCUUUGCUUUAUGGUUAAAAACCACCUAUGAGUGAGUACAUGUGAUAAUUGUUUUUCUGGGUCUGGGUUACCUCACUCAAAAUAAUGUUUUCUAGUUCCAUACAUUUUCCUGCAAAAUUCAAGCUGUUGUUACUUUUUUUCUGCUGUGUAAUACUCCAUUGUGUAAAUGUAGCACAUUUUUCUUAUCCAUUCUUCAAUCAAGGAGCAUUCAGGUUAUUUCCAGGUUCUGGCUAUGACAAACAAAGAUGCUAUAAGCAUAGUUGAACACAUGUCCUUGUGGCACGAUUGAGCAUCCUUUGGAUAUAUACCCAAAAGUGGUAUUAGGGUCUUGAGGAAGGUUGUUUCCUAAUUUUCUGAGAAAUCGCCACACUGACAUCCAAAGGGGUUGAUCAUGUAUUGCUAUAGAUGUUUUACUUUAAAAUAUAUCAGCUUUUUCAUGUGGCCAUAAGAUACAUAAAAUAAUAAAUACAUUUAUGUGUCUUAAGAAGCAUAGAUGAAUAAAGAUUAAGCUUUAAAGAAUUAUUCUAGUUGCUCCUUCCUUUAUAAAUAUUCUGGAACUCCCACUAUGUUUGAAUGUGAUUGGGAGUAUAUCUCAGUGGCAGAGUUCUUCCCCCACAUAUCUGGGUACCUCUUUGGAACUGGCUUCCUGUUCUGAUGAAAAUAAACAAAUUUAUUUAAUCUCAAGGAGCAUAGUUAAGUGUGACAAACAAGAAUUAUAAUUAAAACAAUGUAGUAGUCUUGAAAAUGGGAAGAUAGGUAAAAAUAUUGAAGAAUAUAAAAACAACUUUAUUAUGUUCACCAAAACCUGUGUGUAAAGAUGUCAAGAAUGUCCAUUGUGGUUGUCCAUGUUAGUAAUUCUAGUGCAUGGAAAAGAAGCUGAGCCCGGAGGAUUGCUGUAAAUUUUAGAUAAGCUUGUUCUACAAAGUUCCAAGCCUACCUAAGAGACAAUAUGAGACAUUGUCUCAGAAAAACAGAAACAAAAAAUGUUUAAAAUACCUCUAUUUGACAAUAUCCUAUGAUAUUUAAUAUUGACUGCCAAUUUGACAGUAUCUGAAAUCUUCUAAGAGAUGGCCCUGUCUAUGAGCAAUCAUCUA